CAAACGUCUGGGGAGAGCUGCUUGACGUACGGAUCUUUUUUUUCCUUUGACCCGAUCAGAAGUUCCAUUUUUCGCAGCGAGUGUGUGUCGGACAUAGAUUCUGUGUCUCUCAAAGUUUUUUCUUCUGCGCGAAAACCCGAAAAAUAAAAUCUUUCCAAGAUGCAGGGACUGACGAUGGCCAGUUUGAAGAAGAACCCAGCGCUGAUCCCGCUGUACGUCUGUAUUGCGAUGGGCUCGGCUGGAGCCGUCUUCUACACCCUGCGCCUGGCUCUGCGUAGCCCCGAAGUCACCUGGAGCCGCAAGAACAACCCGGAGCCGUGGGAGGAAUACAGAACCAAGCAGCACAAGUUCUACUCUCCGGUCAGGGAUUACUCCAACAUUAGCAGCCCGGCCCCGAAGUACAGCGAAUAAAGUAAACACCGUCAGCAUUAGAGAGGCUGACCGGCUAGAAUUACGGGGACGAAAACCACUCAUCCCUUAGCAUCAAUAAUAGCUGGCCGCAAACAGAGCCUGGGUCCGUUCCCCUCUUUUAGUAGUGCAGAUGUAGCGCUAUGAGCAGCCGCUGGAAAGACUCAUAGCAGAAUAAUUCGACCCAUUUUUGUUGGAUUGGAACAUCAGAGGAACACAAAAGAAAACAUUCUGCCGAACGAAAGGAGAAAUUGGUGCUUGUUCUAGUUUGGUUGGCAUUAGCAACUUCUUGUUUGUACAUAAUGGUCCAAUCUCGGUGUGUGUGUGGUAACCGGAACAAAUUGCGCGGCAAAUAAAAUCUGCUGAUUUUGAAAACCCCAAA